AUGGAUAUAGGAGAACUACAGGCUGACAUUAUAGCUAAGUAUGAGAUUGAACCCUCAAGGGGCCGAUUAUAUAGGGCCAAGGCAGAGGCCUUGGAGUUGUUGAGAGGGACAGUUACUCACCAUUAUGCAAGCUUGAGGCCUUACAUAUUAGAGUUGAUGAGGGCUGAUCCAGAGGGUAGGUUUGAGCUCUUGACAGAUGGUGGGGUAUUCAAGGCUUUAUACAUUGGGUUUAGUUCAUUGAAGAAGGGGUUUAUGGAAGGUUGUAGAUGGAUUUUAGGGUUGGAUGGAUGUUUUCUGAAGACCCACUUGGGAGGACAGUUAUUGAGUGCCAUUGCCAAGGAUGGUAAUGAUCAAAUGUACCCCUUGGCAUGGGCAGUGGUUGAAGUAGAAAACGAGGAAUGUUGGACAUGGUUUUUGAACAUUCUUCUUCAAGAGUUAGGAGUGGUGGAUGGUAUGGGAAUCUCUUUCAUCUCAGACCAACAGAAAGGGCUUAUAAAUGCUGUCCAGAAUUUGGCAUCAUUUGCCGAGCAUCGCAACUGUGCACGGCACGUUUAUUGUAACUGGAAGAAAGAGUUCAAGGGACCAACCUUGAAAAAUCUUUUCUGGAAGGCAGCAAGAAGCACUUACCAAGCACAAUGGGAGGCUGCUCUUGAGGAAAUUAAAGUGGAGAAUGAGGCAGCGUACGAGGACUUCAAUAGCAGAGACUACCGAAGGUUUUGUAAGGUUUUGUUGUCUACACAAGUACAAAAUGACAUGGUAGACAAUAAUAUCUCUGAAACCUUUAAUGGUUUUAUAGUGAAGGCUAGAAGUAAGCAUAUUGUGAACAUGUUAGAGGACAUUAGGAUUUCUUUGAUGGAGAGACAAGUAAAAAAACAACAAUUGGCUGAAAAAUUCGAUGAUAGGGUUUGUCUGGCUAUAAAGAAAAAAAUUGAGAAAUUGAUGGUUAAUGCUAGAUCAUGCAUUGCUCAUCCUGGUUUGCGUGGGAAGUUUGAGGUGCAACGACUAGAAGAUAAAUUUGUAGUUGAUUUGGGCAAUAGGAGUUGCACAUGUAGGUCAUGGAAUCUAACUGGAAUUCCAUGUGUUCAUGGAAUAGCAGCCAUUAAUUACAUGAAACAUGACCCUUUGGAAUAUGUGCAUGACUGCUAUACAGUGGAGAAGUAUAGGAAGGCUUAUUCUUAUGCAAUGGAGCCUUUAAACGGUGAAAAAUUGUGGCCCAAAUCCACUGCAAAUGCAGUGUUACCUCCAUUUGUUAGAAUCAUGCCAGGAAGACCGAAGAAGAAAAGGAGAAGAGAGCAUGAUGAGGUUGAUCCAAAAAAGGCUAGUCGGUUGAGGAAGAAUGGUGUGAGAAUGACUUGCCAACGAUGCUUCCAAGUUGGCCAUAAUGCUAGAGGGUGCAAGAAUGAAGAAGUCCCCAAGCCUCAAAAGGAGAAGGGCAAGAGAGGAAGGCCUAGGAAACUAGGGGCUGCUACAACCGGAGGAAGACAACCACAACCAAGGAAGAGAGCAACUAGAGGGUCUAAAGGGGGAGGAGCAGUUGGAAGAAGUGAGGAUGCAAGUGGAGAAGGCACAAGCUCAAUUGGAAGAGAUUCUACGGGUGAAAUUGCAACCCAACAAAGUCAAGUGACUAAUUGA